CUGUAAGACAGGAGGAGGAAUCAUCUCAUUCUCCGCUUUUGGGCAAGCCACGGCUGCUUCCCCCGCACUCAGAUGUAACAGGAUAAGAUGCUGAAGUUCUUCUCUGCCCGGGAUGAUGAGAAUGAAAGCCUUCUCGGAGAAGUAACAGAGGACGAAGGAGACAACCCAUCUCUCCAGGACUCCAAGCAGCAGUGGCUGAACAGACCUUGUCUACUGGUCCUCAAAGAUGGUGACAUGACCAAGCCUGGACUGAGCUCCAGUCAACUCCGACCACAUUCUCCCUCCAAAGCCUCCUCGGAUGCGACAAUCAGAAGGCAAUGUGGACAAAAACCACUGGAGCGUCCAACCAAAGCAGCAUCACAGUCCCAGCUGGAGGAAGGCAGCUGCACUGUGACCACCAUCUCCACAUGGGGCGAUGAUAACCCUUCUAGCACCCUGGUUUUGAGCCCCGCCGAGGCCGUCUGGCCGGAAGAGGAGGAUCAGGUGGAAGGCGUUCAGUCUCAGGUUCUCCCGUCCAAAGAGGAGUCUGUGAUUGAGGAGAAGGAAAGGGAGGAGAGUGGGUUGGAGCAGGCAGAGCACGUUUCAAGCUUAGAUGAAGCUGCAGCAUCUUUCACUUCUUCACACGAGAAUCCGUGCAAUAGGACUCGCGAGUUCAGGAAGGUCAAAUCUAAAGGAGGAGCCGAGACAAGUGGAGGCAAGUCCCAGGGAGCCGGUGAGGACGAAGCAAAGGGGAAGAAUGCUGAUCCUCCAACGGAUCCUGAUAAUGACUCGCAGAUGAGCCCCUUUGGAGUUCUGCCUGAGGAUGAGGGUGACGUCCUGGGGGAGGUGGCUCCGGUGUGGGUCCCUGAUGCUGAAGCUCAGGUCUGCAUGAAGUGUGGGACAAAGUUUACAUUCACCAAGAGGAGGCACCACUGCCGUGCCUGUGGCAAGGUGUUUUGCGCGCUCUGCUCCAAUAUGAAGUUUAGACUAACACAUCUGGAUGGCAAGGAGGGAAGGGUUUGUGUAUCCUGCCAUUCAGCCCUCGUCAAGAGGACUCCUCCGAGAGGGAAAAGGAGGGUGUGGUUUGCAGAUGAAAUCCUCACUGGUCAGCAGUCUGAGUCUGCUCCAGCCACACCAGUGAGAGGACUUACUUUCUCACCCCUGAUGAGGCGGGAGUUGGGCGAGCCUGCUAGAAGUCCUGCUGGUUCACCACAGAUCAGGAGAACCUUGAAACCACACAGGACAACAAUUAAUGAGGCAUGUGGUCCUCAUGGCUGGGGCCCCACAGCCUUAGUGAGCAGCUCUGCCAACCUCAUCCCCUUAGACGGCCUCCCACCCAUCCUCACCUCUACUGGAGUCAAAGGAGAUUACACCGUGGAGGAGAAGCCCUCUGAGAUGCUACUCAUUCAGGAGCUGGAAAGCGGCCGGCCGAAGCCACUGGUGUUUGUCCUCAAUGCAAACCUACUUGCUAUGGUGAAACUUGUCAACUAUGUCAACAGGAAGUGCUGGUGUGUGACGACGAAGGGGAUGCAUGCUGUGGGCCAGGUGGAGGUGGUAGUGCUCCUUCAGUGCCUGCCUGAGGAGAAAAGUUUCCCCAAAGACAUUUUCAGUCACUUCCUCCAACUUUACAGAGACACUGUGGCUGGGAAGGUUGUAAGGCACCUGUCGCUCUUCCUGUUCAGCAGCCGAUUCUUAGGCAGCGAGGAUCAUGCAGGCUUCAUGUACGUUUGCUCCACCCUUCAGUCACUUCAAGGUCUACCUCUCCCCAAUCAGCCCUACCUCUUUGGCCUGCUGGUUCACAGAGCAGAGGUGCCGUGGGCUAAAGCCUUUCCCCUGCGCCUCAUGCUGAGACUUGGGGCAGAGUAUAGAUUUUAUCCCUGUCCUCUGUACAGCGUGCGGUUCAGGAAGCCCCUCUUUGGGGAAAUAGGUCACACCAUAAUGAGACUGUUAGUCGACUUUAGGAAUUACCGCUACAGCCUACCAUUGGUACCGGGGCUCACUGUGGAUCUAGAGGCUCAGAAGACUCUCAUAAACAUACCGACUACCGGGUAUAAUGAGUUAAUGAAGGCCAUAAACAAGUCCAAUGAACAUGUGCUGGCAAUAGGGGCAUCCUUCAAUGAGACAGCAGAUUCCCACCUCAUCUGUGUGCAAACCGACGACGGCCAGUACCAAACCCAAGCUAUCAGCAUCCACAACCAGCCUCGCAAAGUUACUGGAUCGUGCUUUUUUAUAUUCAGCAGCGCCCUGAAAGCCUCGGCAGGUUGCCUGGCCAAGUCCAGCAUCGUAGAGGAUGGGCUUAUGGUGCAGGUCACCGUGGAGACCAUGGUGGAGAUCCGCCGGUCGCUCCGGGAGAUGAAAGACUACACCGUCACAUGUGGGCGGCUCGACCAACCAGAGAGCCGGGAGCUUGUCUGUUUACAGUGGGUGGAGGAGAAGUGCUCUGUGAAUAGGGGGGUCAUAAGCCCCAUCGAUGGGAAAUCCAUGGAGUCCAUCAGCAGUACAAAGAUGUUCCAGAAGUCAGAACACAAAGAAAAUGGGAAGAUCAUCCGCUGGACAGAAGUGUUCUUCCUGGUGAGAGGACACAAUCCCAAGAGAGGAGUGACCGACUCCGCCGAACAGAGCCGACUUACAGAGCGCAUCGCCCGGGCGUUUUGCCUGGCCCUGUGUCCACACCUGAAGCUGCUGAAGGAGGACGGCAUGGCUAAACUGGGGCUGCGGGUCACUUUUGACUCUCAUGAGGUGGGAUUUGUGGCUGGGAGCAAUGGGCAGCCUCUCUCAGCCCAGUACCUCAAUGCCCUGGAUAGCGUGUUGAUCCCAGUCAUCCACAGCAGGGGCCACAAGAGAGGCGAACAGCCUUUAGUGAUGGAGCUCAUCUUUUACAUCCUGGAGGACAUCACCUAAAGCACGCCUGCACUCCUAAUAAUCAAUCUUCUAACUCAGACCACGGCUCCAUCUCGCUCUCCAUCAUGAACUUUAAUUUCCACCAAAGGACCCAACCUGGAUCACAUCCAGAGCCAGCAGCCAUUUCAGCUAUUCAUCACAAGAGUGAAGAGGUCUGACUCUUAGCUUCAUCUAGCUUACAAAAAACCUGCAUGAUGGACCAUAGGAACAAAGUGCAGUUGCUGCACUGUAGUUGGACCUCAUUUGCUUAUGAUUUUGACUUUAUGUCUAUGCUAAGCCUCCUUCUGGAGAAGGCCUUCAAAGUGGGAGCUGAAUUUAACCCCCAUGACCUUAAAAUAAUGACUGUAAGAAAUUUAGUGUAGAAGAUAUGUAGGCAUUUUACACACACGGAAUGAAUGCUUAAAGAAUGUUUUCUUACUGCUUGAGUUUUAAUGAACUAUUCACAAAGAGUAACGUCUGCUUGAAAAUAAACCUGGAACGU